AUGGCGCAAGACAAGGCCGUGGGCGUGGAGGCGGUUCCAACCGUCAGCCACCACAAUGAACAAGGCGAGACCAUCACAGCCAUGCAGAACGAGCGCCAGAUGAGCGUCCGAGACUCCUUUCGUUUCUGGCCCAAGGCGAUCCUCUUCUCGUUCAUCAUCUCCCUUGCCAUUAUCAUGGAGGGUUACGACACCAACUUGAUGAGCAACUUCUUCGUCUUCCCGGCAUUUAUGAAGAAAUACGGCGACGAGGUUGAUGAGAACGGAGACCCACUGGUAUCCGCCCGCUGGCAAACCAUCAUCAACAACGGUACCCAGGUCGGUUCCAUCAUUGGCCUCAUCGUCAAUGGCUUCAUUACCGAAUGGAUCGGCUACAAGAAGACUAUGGUUGUCUCCAUGGUCGCCAUGAUCGGCGCCGUCUUCAUUCCCUUCUUCUCCAACGGCCUACCCAUGUUUCUGGCUGGUAGUCUCAUCCAGGGAAUUCCAUGGGGCAUAUUUCAGACUCUUGCCGUCACCUACGCGGCCGACAUCUGUCCCAUGUCUUUGAGAGGUUACAUGACCUCAUGGGUCAACAUGUGCUGGGUUAUUGGUCAGCUUAUCAGCAGUGGCAUGCUUCGUGGGCUGCUGCAAAUUGACAGUGAAUGGGGAUACCGUAUCCCCUUUGCUAUUCAAUGGGUCUGGCCGAUCCCGAUUAUCAUCGGCACGCUCUUGGCCCCCGAGAGUCCCUGGUGGCUCGUCCGCAAAAACCGCCUCGAGGAGGCCAAAGAAUCCGUUCGUAGCCUGACCUCCCCGAAGGCCGGCAUCGAGUUCGACCUCGACGCCCAUGUCGAGAUGAUGCGUGUGACGAAUCAGUUCGAGAUCGAAGUCAGUUCCGGCGCGCACUACUGGGACUGCUUCCGCGGCGUCGAUCUCCGCCGCACCGAGAUCGCCUGCAUGGUCUGGAUGACGCAGUCUUUUUGCGGCGUCCCUUUCAUGGGCUAUGGAACCCAGUUUAUGAUUAACGCGGGCCUCAGCCCCGCGAACGGCUUCACUAUGGGUCUAGUGCAGAACUGCAUCGGCCUCAUCGGCUGUAUCAUUGCCUGGUACAUCAUGACGCAUGUCGGCCGUCGCACGCUGUACCUGGCCGGCCUGUCGACCAUGUUUGUGGUCCUGGUUAUCAUCGGCUGCAUUGGCAUUCCCCAAGAUAAGGCCGGCCUUCCUGCGAGAUCGUGGGCCGUGGGAGCCCUCAUCAUCAUCAUGCUGUUCGCGUUCCAGCUCAGCGUCGGUCCCGCGUGCUACACCCUCGUUGCGGAGAUGCCGUCUACUCGCCUUCGUGUCAAGACCGUUGCUCUCUCUCGCGCGUUCUAUAACUCGGGGGGCUUCAUCGUCAACGCAAUUCAGCCCAGAAUUGUCGGCAAGAAUGACUGGAACUGGGGCGCAAGAGGUGGCUUUUUCUGGGCCGGAAUCACGGUGUUGUUCCUGGUUUGGACCUUCUUCCGCUUGCCGGAGCCUUUCGGUCUCACGUACUCGGAGCUCGACUUGCUGUUUGAGCACGGCGUUGGUGCUCGCCACUUCUCGCAAGAGGCCGCCGAUUCACUGCGUCCGCAGUUGGAGGAGGUCGCCAACCGCCAAGAGAAGGUUACCGCCGUGAGCCACCAUGAGGAUUGA